AUGGAGACAGAUAAUUAGUCAUAGGAAUUUUAUCUUAACCAAAGUAUGAUAAAUUUUUUAAAUUAAUGGUGCUUCAGAUCAAAUUCUAAUAAAAAUUUUCCAGAAGAAUAGUAUAUUUUGGAGACAAACCAACUUUUUAUUGAGGACUCUGGAGGUGUUACAGCUGUUCCAAUCUAUUAUGAUAUCACUGAUAGAGAUCUGUAUUCGCUUUUGGAGAGAGUAAAUGGCGUUCAUUUCACAGGAGGAGGCUUGAAUCUAAUUGACAAAGAAACAGGCGAGGAACACAAUAAAAAGAUAGGUAUGGGCUUAACUUUCCUCUCACUGGCAUUUGCUAAGGAUUUGAACUGUUUGGACUAUUAGCAGCACAUGGUGAAAAAGGUCUACUCAAAAAUACUAGCACUUGGAACCAAGAGAGAAAAGUUAUUUUCAAAGACAAAGAACCUCAGCAUACAACAAAGAUGUUUAAAGAUUUUGACCUUCUUGUCUUGA